CCGGCCGGAAGCAAUGAUGGCAACCGCACUCUACACCCCCGAGCGAGCAGCCGUUGCUCCGCCUGUCCACAACAUGGAGGGGGCUGUCGACUAUCUUGCUUCCUUGGACGACGCGACUACCGCCUCUCUCGCCCGAGGCUCUGCGUCCCAUCAUGGCGCACUGCCUCCUCCCAACCCUCAAUUCGCGUUUCCCGCAGCGCCACCCACACCGUCACACGAUUCGAUCGCCAAGCGGAGGCGACCCAUGUCCGCCGUCGAGAUGCACCGGCCCCUUAGCAUAGCCGUGGAUGGCUCUCGACACGCGGCGCUGCCGGCAUUCAGCUUCAAUCCGGGCGCCUCCCUCCCUCCGGAUCCUCGCGCUUUUCUCAGUCCGCCUCAUUCUCCAAACUCCGCCAAGCAAAACCAAAACCCCGGGUCUGCGGCCAAUCGUCCAAUGGGCCAUGGCCACCGAAGGGGCGGCAGCGAGUUUGUCGGCGGUCGUCUUCGCGAAGGGAGCACGAUUGCCGUCAUGAGCACUAGCCCGCCAAAGAAUGAGUUUGACUUGAAGGCGCCUGCUCUACAGCCACCGCGCAGAGGACAUCGCCGAGGCAUGUCUGCCACUAUUCCGGCAACCGACCUCCCCAUGCUCUUUGCGCCGCCAGCCAUCGGCUCUCUGCCUCAGGGAAACAGUGCUCCGAGUAGCCCAACGAUCAUGGGCCGGAAAGAGGAGCUGCCUAACAUUGGCUUCCAAUUUCCCUUGCCGGAGCCCGUGCAAUCCGGAAAAGAUGACAGGGCCGCAGGCAGUUCCAAAGCGCCUCUCCUGGCACCCGACGAGGCCUGGAAGAUGGGCAAGCCCAUGAUGCGGUCAAAGGUUGGAUUUUCGGAUACUCUGGAAUUCAUUCCUCGGCCGCUGUCACUCGUAUCCAAUGACACGUCGAGCACUAUUACCGCGCGGCCGGGCCAUUCGGUCUCUGGCAGCGUAUCCUCCGUCAUCUCGGUUACUUCCAACGGUGGUCGAGAUGGCUCCGCUCCCCUUUCGCGGACAGCGAGUGAGCCCCAGGAGUCAAGACCCAGCACAGCAGGCGCUAUUUUGGAACGCACCGCAGAGCUGCAAAUUACCGAGGAGCCGCCUAUGUCUCCCCGCCGCCGAAACUCGAUCCCUACCCUUCUCAACAUCGCCGACGCUGACGCUACAGAGUCAAACGUGUCUACCCCCAGCAAACCUGCCAAACGCUGGUCCUUCUUUGGCCUAGAUGCCUUCGCUUCUGGGUCUCCCGUCAAGAGGCGACCAAGCUCUUCCAGCUCUUCCGAUUGCGCCCCUCGCCCUGUGGAUGGUAUUUCAUGCUCUGACCGUGGGUCGGAGUCUUCACUAGAUACUUCAGAAGCCCCUCCAUCGAAGCACAAGAAGGGAAGCAAAAAGGGUGAUAAGAAGAAGAAGAAGAGCAAGAAAGAAAAGAAGGAGGAGAAGAAGGAGAAGAAGAAGGAGGAGGAGAAGAAGGCCAAGGGCUGGGCUGGCUCCAUCCUGCCCUUAAAGAGUCACAAGAAGCGUGGCAAAUCAAGCGCAGUUCGACCACCGACGCCCCCAGCAUCCGUGUCCCAUCCUGACGACGAAGAAGAGGAUGAAACCGUAAUGGACAUCCGGGAACCUUCAUUUGAACCGCCCACGAUCAGCAUCACGGAAUCGCCACCCUUGCCUGAGCCUUCCGAGCCACCGAAGCGGCAUUCAGAAGAGGUCUCUUCUCCCAUGAUUGACCUGGACGCCGCUCUUGGUCCUUUCAACACUCCCUUGUCUUAUAACCCCGAGUGGGAGGCUGCUCAACGCGCUGCAGGCACUCCGGGCAGCAGGAGGCGCCUUCACAGCGCUCAAGGAUUGAAGGGCUUCAGUGGUCCAGGCAUGCAUUAUCACCGACGUGCCGAGUCGGCCCCUGAUCUUCCUCCUUUCGAUUUCCGCUCCUCUAUGCACCGGUUCGGCAGCAGCUCCACCAUGGCUGACGUGUUUGAGGAGGAUGAAGAGGAUGACGACUGCAAAGGCCUUGCCAGGACCAGACUCGAAACCAGCGAGGAGACCAGUGAAGAAUCCGACGGCGAGACGACACCUCCCGCUGUGAUGCCUGUUUCAAAAGACUCCUUUGGCGGCCCCAGCGACAAGGCGCUGGGCAAAAUGCGCCGCCGAAGCGCUGGCGUGAUGGACAGAGAAUCGUUCAGCUCGCAAGCAGCCCGGGCUGAUGCUUUCAAGGCCUCACUUCAGGAUGAAACCAUCGCCGAAGAGUUCUCGAUGCCUAUUUUCAGGGCCCCUACAUUCCAAGGCCGCAGGGACUCCGUCGACUCAGGAGCGCCCUCGGCCCCAUCUCCGCGACAGCUCCCUACCACUGUCGACAUGCCAGUGGAUGAUCAGCCUCUCGUUCUCCCCAGUGCUGGCAUCUCACCGCUCAGCCCUUACUCGGCUAGCUAUGCUUCGUCCCCCCAUCCCUCUCCACGAACGCCAAUGUCGAUUGACGCCCAGCGCAUCUCCACGGCUCCUUCGUCCGUCACUGACGACAGCUUCCACUCUCUGCUCAUGGGAGAGCCGGGACCGGAAGUGAGGAUCUCGAUGGAUUACGAUAUUCCGUCUAUCGCGUCAAGCACCUCUGCCGUGACCCGUGACAGCACCUUUAUUCCCGCACCACGACCGCGUCAACCUCUUGCUCGUGAUCAGCGUCCAGUGUCCAUGUCGGCUCCCUUUGGGCGCAGACGAUCGAGCUUGGCCAGCCUCAGCCGUCUCAUUAGCAGUUCCCACGGCGAGAGGAGCAAGCUCUCUAUGGAGGUCACCCUGGAUAAUGAGCCCGAGUCGAAAAAGUCCAAGAGCAAAAGCAAGAGGCUGAGUCGGAUGAUGCAGUUUUGGAAACCGAAUAAAGACGAUAAAGACAAUAAAGACAAGGCCACCUGA